AUGGCUACCACACAGAAUGCUGCAGGUCAAGAGGCCGGUCUCAAAAUCGCCGCAGUCAACGUCCCUAGCACCGACCAGAAUGAAAGACGAACCAGAGAUGGAAGAUGGACGUUGCGCCAAUUGAGACAGACUGAUGCCAUCGUCCCACUGCAGAGCGGUACCAAUCAAUUCGAUUCGCAGAGGGGUAAAACUGGCUUCGGAAUGCCACGGAACACCCAGACGGCCGUCGAAUUCGCUGAUAACGGGAAGCGCUGGGCAAUCGAACAGCUGCGAGCCAGUGACGCCAUCGUUCGGCUUCAGUCUGGAACAAAUCAAUUUGAAAGUCAAAAGGUGGAACGUCUGCAGAAUGUAGAGAAACUGCUCAAUGAGCGGAUUAUGUGUCUAGAAGAUCAGCUGCUUGAAGUAGAAGAAAAGUUCCAGGAAGUCGAGGAGGAAUGCCUUAGUGAAAAGAAGAAAGUGGAGGCGUUGGAAGCCGAGAAAGUCUCUACCGCAAGAGAAGUGGAGCAGGCCAAUGUGUCUGUACAGAGUACCAGUGGCGAUGGUAGUCAGUGGGGACUCAGCGAUAGGGUGGAUUCCGCCAUGGAAAGUGACCUUCAGCAACAGUUGGAAGCGGCCAGAGAUGAAGUGCUAAUUCUUCAGAAAGAGCUGGACGAGGCACGUAGACAAUUAGUCCUGAAAACGUCGGGGGAGGACGGUUGGGGCUUCGAAGGGUCGGGCAGUGGUGCACAGUCUGCUCAGGCCGAAAAUCGAAUUGUCACGUGUGAAAGAAGAACUGGAAGAGGCGAGUUGAAAGCAGUAAGAAAAGAACUCGAGGAACUCCAGAAUGAAAGAGACGCGUUGUUUGCAGGCGGAGACCGGCCAGAUGAGGAAUGGGGUUGGGGUGGUGCGCAACCUCAAAACACAUCCGAGAUCUCUGCCCUGCGCCAAAAACUCCUGGAAAUGGAAAAGAUUGAGCGUGAGCAGCAGGAAACGAUACGAAAACAGGAAGCCAAAAUUAGUGCUCUGGAAGAGGAACUGAGCACUGCUGAUACAUGCCGUGAAGAGUUAGAGGACGCUUCACAACAGGUCAACGAGCUGCAAAAAGAAUUGAGAGAGGUUGGUGAAGUUUCGUGA